GAGAGGGUGGGGAGUGGUUCUGCUCAAGUGAAAAUGGCGGCUCCCUUAACACUUGUCUUGAUUUUAGCAGCAACAAUAAGAGCAGUAUUAUUUCGUUCCAGCUUCGCAGCGCUGAUUUCUGAAAGGGUUGAAGUUGUGUCUCCUUUAAACUCCUGGAAAAGAGUUGUGGAGGGUCUUGCCUUGCUGGAUCUGGGGGUUUCACCAUAUUCGGGGGAUGUAUUUCAUGAAACACCCCUUAUCAUAUACCUCUUUCAUUUUUUGGUGGACUAUGCAGAGAUUGUAUUUAUGAUAGCAGAUGGAAUCACAGCAGUGGCUCUCUAUCUGUCAGUGAAGAUCUACAACAAAAAUGUGUUCAGAAAACAGAAGUAUGCUUUGGAGGCAGACCGGUAUCCACAUGACUGUCUGGAGCUCAUGCGCUCACCCAAAGAGAUGUUCUACAUUCCUCUCAAAGUGGCUAUGUUUUACCUGUUGAAUCCCUUCAGUAUCCUAUCCUGUGUGGCAAAGUCUACCUGUGGUCUUAACAAUGCCGUUAUUGCAGUCUUCAUCCUCUGCACACUAAAAGGAAAUGCCUUGUUGAGUGCAAUCUUCUUGUCCUUGGCAACCUAUCAGAGCAUAUAUCCUCUCACAUUGUUUGCACCUGCCCUUCUUUUCCUGCUACAGAGGUUGUAUAUCCCAGUCAACCCAUGCAGAAGUAGUUUCUGGUUCUUCACCCUGCAAUACGCCUUCAUGUUUGUGGGAAGCCUGGUUGUCAUUGUCUGCCUCUCUUUCUUUUUACUUGGAUCCUGGGACUUUAUUCCUUCAGUCUACGGAUUCAUCCUCUCAGUACCAGAUCUUACUCCAAAUAUCGGCCUCUUUUGGUAUUUCUUUGCUGAGAUGUUUGAGCAUUUUCGUUUCUUCUUCAUCUGCGUCUUCCAGAUUAACAUCUUUUUGUACACCAUCCCUCUGUCUAUCAAACUCAAGGAACAUCCAGUAUUUCUCAUCUUCAUGCAGAUUGCCAUCAUCUCCAUUUUUAAAUCAUAUCCCACAGUGGGAGACAUAGCACUCUAUAUGGCCUUCCUGCCUGCCUGGAGCCACCUUUACAGAUUCCUGAGGAACAUCUUUCUGGUUUCCUGCAUUUUAUUGGCCUGCUCAGUCCUUUUCCCAGUUCUCUGGCAUCUCUGGAUCUACGCUGGCAGUGCCAACUCUAACUUCUACUACGCCAUCACACUUCUAUUCAACGUCGGACAGAUUCUACUCAUGUCAGACUACUUCUACGCAUACUUGCGACGGGAGCAUCAUCUGAGCCAGGGGCUGUACCUGCAGAGAAAGGAUGGCACUGAAGCCACACUGGUGUUAAAAUAACCCCUAAAAUAUCAACCUGGUUACCUCUUCUCUUCCUCCAUCCUUUUUUAAAAAACUUUUUUUCUUAUACACUUGUAAACUUUCAUUUUCAAAGUUUCUGUGUAUUAUUGAUCAGGAAAAUCCCUCCACCAACUACACCAUAAUGAAUAGCAAAAUUAACUACUACAUAGAGUGACCUACCAGUUUUUGUAAGUGACCCAGUGAGCCAGAAUAUUAUGUUAAAUUGUAAAUCCAUCAGUAAAACCAUGACAUCAGUUAAAGGGCUACUUACUCACACAACCUGUGGUUGAAUCUCUCCAGCAGGUUCACUGUAGUGGGUUUAUUGCCACUACUCAUAUGUUCCUCACCAUAGAUGCCAUCUGUAGGUGUAUGUAUCUAAACUUAACCAAAGUACGCUUACAACAUUCAAAGCCUCAUGCUUUGAUCAUCCUGGUUCACUUACUAACAAAACACACUAAUCUUCAUUUCUCCCAAGGUGUCAGAAAAUGAAACUUAAACGAUGUACAUCCUUAAGUGAAUAAUUCAAUGCCACCUCUUUAUUGUGUAUAUAUAAUUUAUAUAUGAAGCAAUAGGUCAUUGCUCCAGGAACAGAUGCUAAGGCUGCCGCAGCAUCUCAGGAUUUUCCUCAAGAUUUAUCUACAAUGAUUAACAGAACAUAUGUUGUUAUAUUUUCCCCUACGUUUUGUGUACUUGUGUACUGUUUACAUUGGUACGGGUUGUUUUAAGGGAGAGUUUGAGUUUUGUGGAAUGCUGUCAGAAUGUUUCUAAGCUGAAAAUGAAAGCAUACCAUAUACCAAAUAAAGAAUAGUUAUUUAAUAAUUUGACUUGUCCUGUAUGGCUGUAGUAGGAUGCCAUUCCUAGUGGCCAUGGGUUAUGUCUAUUAUACUUAGUUACUACACUGAAUAAAGGUCUGUGCGCUCAGUCAGAUUUACUAAAUAUAUCAAGUUCCAUGAUUUCCUAAAUCAAGCGUAUAACUAAACUAAAACAGAUCAUUUUAAAUGAUAUUAACACAAACCAAUUACGUUAAGUAAAUGGGAAUUAGAACUGUAUUGUUAAUUUUGCUUACUUGCUUGUACAAAAACUAAAAGUAUUAAUGUUACCUAAUUCAAAUCAUGGAGCCGAUGUAUACAUAUGAAUUAAGUCAAUUCAACAAGCUUUUUUUUUCAGUGUAUACUUUAUGUUGGGAGGUAUUUAUACUUGAGUAUCAUUUGAAAUUGAAUAUUUGUACUC